GAUGUGAUGUGAAAACCAUCAUGUUUAUUUAUGCGUUGAGUUAUUGUGAUUUAACAUCUCGUAAUUCAUAAACAAUAUCGAAAUUCUGUGCAGAGUCAUUGCCAAUUCAAAGAGCGUCACAAUGAUCGCCGUCAUUUGGGAGGAUAGGCGAAGGCGGUUGAGUUAAGGCUUAAGGGACACGUGGUGACAACCGCCGGCGCCAGCGCUCAGCUCCGUUCUCCGGUCGGCACGCUCCUCAACAUCUCUCUCUCUCUCUCUCUCUCUCUCUCUCUCUCUCUCCUUCUUGUUCUUGUUCUUCGUAAGUUAGGUCUCCGCAGAAAUCACAGGGUCCGAAAUGGCGUCUCCACCUACGAAUAUUACUCGAAAAGCUUCGCCUGAUAACGAUGAGGAUGAAUUCACACCGUCCUCGCUGCCUCCUCUCCCCCAAAGUCAUUUAGUGGUUGGGUGCGGUUUCUUAACGUUGGACUUUUUGGCCAUUGUGCCGUCCUUUCCUCAGCCGGAUGACAAGAUCAGAAGCACCAGCUCCAAGGUUCAGGGAGGUGGCAACAUAGGGAAUGCUUCAACUUGUGCAGCUCGCCUGGGCUUGAAGCCAAAGUUGAUUUCCAAGGUUGCUGAUGACCCUCAAGGGAGAGACAUACUGGAAGAAUUAGAAAGUGAUGGUGUAGAUACUUCUCUUGUUGUGGUCUCUAAGGGCAAGUCACCAACUACCUAUGUCAUCGUUGACAACCAAAUGAAAACUCGCACCUGUAUUUACACUCCAGGAUUCCCUCCAAUGAAACCUGACGAACUCUCCAAUUCAAGUUUGUUGUCUGCGUUGUCGGGAGCAAGGCUUGUAUACUUUGAUGGGAAAUUGCAUAAAACUGCUUUAGUUGUAGCACAGGAGGCACAUCGCAUGGGAAUACCUAUUCUCGUUGAUGCAGAGAGGAAAAGGAAAGGGCUGGACAUUCUCCUUAAUCUGUCAACUUAUGUUGUAUGUGCAGCAAAAUUUCCCCAGGAAUGGACUGAGUCGCCAUCUGUUCCAAGCGCACUUGUUUCCAUGCUUGUGAGAUUGCCAAAUGUUAAUUUUGUGAUUGUAACCUUCGGUGAAGAUGGUUGCCUGAUGCUUGAGAGAAGUGCAACUGCAGUGAAUGAUCAGUCUGAAGGGAUGGAUGCAGAUAGUUUAUUGAAGUCCCUUGAGCAGAGAAAGGAUAAAACCACAGCCAGGCCUACAUGCAUUUCAUCGACAGUGACAAGAAUGAGAGUGGAAGGGGUAGGGGAAGUGAGUGGGAGAUUUUUUUUGGGAACAGCUGAAAAUAUACCAGCCUCAGAAGUAAUUGACACAACUGGUGCCGGUGAUGCAUUUGUUGGGGCAGUUCUUUAUGCUAUUUGCACCGGCAUGCCUCAAGAGAAGAUGUUGCGGUUUGCUGCUCAAGUGGCAGCUGCUUGCUGUAGAGCUUUGGGGGCUCGAACUGGUCUUCCUGGGAGCACAGAUCCACGCCUGGCCCCUUAUUUACUGUAGACUUCUUGAAAUUGGCAUUUGGCCUUCAAGUUAAGCUUUUCUGAUCAUUUGUGUUUGAUGGAAUCUCCUUGACCCACUUUCAUGUCACUAGUCUAUUUUAAGGAGGUCUUCAGUAUAUCACUUUGAACUUAAUAAGUAUAUUCAAUUAACACUAUUA